AGAAUCAAGGCUUGCUCAAGUGAAAUUUUGUGACAAUGAAACAAUGUACCCCGCCAUCAAACAGACAUCUCACAAUUUCUUUCGCCGCCUUAUUCUGCCCAUUUACAUUGUACCCCGCCAACAACAUGACCGUUGUUUCCCCAAUCCUACAAAAUCAUUUCCAUGUCACAACCUCAUAUCCGCCCCUUCCUCAUUAACCUCGCCAUUGCUUGAUUGGCAAUCACAAUGGACUCCCAAGCUGAUCUUAGCAAUAUUUCCACCAUUCUUAGUGAAGAUCAUUCAUCUUUGUUGAAUAUGGCAUACAAUUCCUCUCAACGGAUGUCAAGCUGGGAGCUUUCAAAAGCUCGUGAAGAGCCUGUUGCUGUCAUUGGCAUCAAAGACAUGCAAUUGCAGGUCAUGGCCGGAGCCGAUGGGUGGACUGGGGAUUGGGUUGAGUCUACUUGUCCACAACAACCAGCUCUUGUCUCGGUGUCCCUUGCUUUACGACGACCUUUCAAGAAGGCAUCUGAAGAUGAUGACAUCGCAGGGGACACUAUUCAUUAUGGCCUCAUCAAAUUAGCAAUUAUCGACGGUGUCAGGGCUUAUCAUGCAAGAGGUAUAACACCUGACUUUGCAAGCGAACUUUCCAUGAAGUCAAUCUGUAUAUUCAUCGCUUCUGUUCUUAUUAGGCGCAGUCUUGCAGUAGGGAGGAACGUCAAUUGGUCCUCGAUCAGAAUCAUGCUUCCGAAAUCAUCUUUACGAGGAGCUGGUGCCAGUCUUACUGCACAAACGAUUUACAAAGAACCUUCGUUAGAAGAACAGGAAUUAGGCACUUUUCACAGAACUGGGAUUAUCGGAGAAAGUUCUACCCUUCGACUGCAUGACCUUACAGUUCCCACCAUAAUAGGCUUGUUGCCAAAAGAACGCACCAUGAAGCAGAAUGUGGUUGCGAAUAUUGAGAUAGAUAGAUGGGUUGGCCAGGGGGAUCUUCAUUGGGAUAUACAGCAAAUCGUUGUGAAGACGAUAGAAGAAUCAUCAUUCCAAACUUUGGAGGCACUGGCAGAGCGCAUAAGCAAAAACAUCAUUCGACACUCUUUGAUCCCUACCAUGAUAAAGCAAACCUCCACAAAAGAUAAUUGGGAUGAGCUUGCUGCUAAUUAUGAGGACGUGCCAUGGGAGAAAACGUAUGUACCCAGAUUAUGUCCAAUUGUUAGGAUCAAGCUGGAAAAACCAAGUAUAUACAUUGACACCACACCUGGCGUUGAAAUGAGCAUGGACAUUCGACCCUCAUGUGACUCGCCAUACUUUAAUUUGUGGGAAGGGUACAAGAGGUUGCGUUUGUGUCCACGUCCACUCAUCGGUACGCUCACGGACUGGAUUGCACAGGAGCACCCCGAAGGAUCAAAGAACGGAACAUCAUCAAACGCAAUAGGCACUAAUCAAAAGUUGGAUGGUCUCAAACCCGAUCUCGCUAGGAUGCCCCAAGAUACGAAGGAAAUCACUGCUCAGCCAAGAGAGCACCCAGAAAAUCCACAGGAUGGAGAAUCACCAAGGUUAGAUCCGAAUCAAAAGCUGGAUGGCUCCCAAACUGACACCUCCCAAGACAAUGAUAGCGCGGAAGAAACUGUUGCUCUGCCUGAUAAACACCCGGAAACCCCCAAGGAUGGAGAAUUGUCAAUUGUGAGAGACAUUGAUCGAAAGCUCAAGACUUUGCAAAGGAACAUUGCUCACUUCCGAAAAACUACACAGGGAGUCGUGGCCAACGUAAAAGAACUGGAUGAUAAAAAAUCUUCAAUGUUGGUAGAAGUUGGCCAAAAGCUGGAUGCUUUCAGAAACGAGCUCGCCGACGCCCAAAAAUUAAUGCAGGAGAUCUUCGUUCGGCCAUUGUCUCCUGCGUCUGAAUAGUUGUAGAGAUAAGGUGGGGAAAGGGUGCGGUGUAAUAAUGUUUUGUCAACAUGGUGUUUCUGGGAGUCAACCUUCAUAUUUUGAACCAGAUGAUGAUGAAAAGUGUCGCCAGCAUUGAAGUUGAGUUAGAUGGAGACAGGUGAGGUAGAAAAUGUAUAGAAUUAAGGGUGGUAUUUUCUUUUCUUAGAAAAUCAGCAUUCAUAGGGUAUUUGGGUUGCAUAGUUUCCUUUUCAUCAUGCUGAGGAUUAGCGUUGUAUACGUUAUUGUAUGUGUUAGCAUCAUCGUAUGAAUGGGCUAUUCAAAUUUCAAACGAAUUCUCUCU